AUGGUGAAUAUAUAUCAUGAUAAAGAUGCUGAUAUCUCUCUGGUACAAAACAAAACAGUCUCUUUUAUUGGUUAUGGAAACCAAGGACGUGCACAAGCCCUGAAUUUACGUGAUAGCGGUGUGAAAAACAUAAUUAUCGGUAAUCAGCAAGAUGAUUAUGCUGAACAAGCUCGUAAAGACGGUUUUGAAAAUGUUGUAACCAUCACAGAAGCUGUUGCACAAGGUGAUAUUUUAAUGUUAUUAAUUCCUGAUGAAGAUCAACAAACUGUUUGGAAUGAACAAAUACGAUCAUGUAUAAAACCAAAUACGACUUUAGUUGUUGCUUCUGGUUAUAAUGUUGCAUUUAACCUACUCGAUAUUCCAGAAGAUAUGGACGUCGUGAUGGUUGCACCACGAAUGAUUGGAGCAGGUGUAAGAGAUCGUUAUGUCAAAAAGAUUCCAUAUCCAUGUUUUGUUUCUGUUGAAAAAGAUUCAUCUGGUCAAGCUUUAAAGACAUGUUUAUCAAUUGCUUCCGCCAUUGGAGCAACGAGAGGUAAUGGUGCUGUAGAAUCAUCAUGUCGUGAAGAAGCUGGCAUUGAUUUAUUCGCUGAGCAAGCAAUAUGGCCUGAAAUCAUGGUAAUUAUGCGUGAAGCUUACAAUGUUUUACAUGAGGCUGGUUUUUCUGACGAAGCUAUUCUAUUUGACAUGUAUAUGUCGAAAGAACCAGCUGAAAUUUUUGAACGUGCUGCCACUGAAGGUAUAGUCAAACAAUUGAAAUAUCAUUCACGAACAUCACAAUAUGGUCAAUUAUCAACAAUGAAUAAAAAUGAUGGAAAACAAAUACGUGAAAAAUUCCAAAAUAUUUUACAAAAAAAUAUACUUUCCGGAAAUUUUGCACAAAAAUGGUCAAAUCAAAAAUGGGCUGCUGAAGAACUACCAAAAGAAUGGAAAGUAGUCGAAGAAGCUCCAAUUGUACAAGCAGAAUUACGUGUUCAAAAACUAAUGAAAGAUUUUAUUAAGAGUGAAGAGGAAGAACAUCAUUGA